CAUUGCGCCCAGCAGGUGCCAUGAAGCGCAGACACAGCAGGAGGCUGGUGCCGAAAACCACCCAGCGGGAGCUGGCCAUCUACAUCGUGUUCCUGGUAGCCCUCUGCACACUGACGCUCGGCAUGGUGAGCUCGGACAUGUACUACCUGCACAAAGUCAUGUCCCAGGCCUUCGUGGAGCCCUCCUCCUCUGAAGGCAACAGGACUGGUUUCAGGAGCAUUGGGAGCAAAGACGAUUUCUGGAGGUUUGCAGAGGGACCCCUCCUGGAUGGCCUCUACUGGGACAAAUGGUACACCAACAGAACGUUUCCCCUCCAGCACAACAGCAGCCACAUUUACUAUGAGAAUUUGCUGCUGGGAGCAGCCCAGAUCCGCCAGCUGAAAGUGCACCACAACAGCUGCUCCAUCCACCCCUCUUUCCGUGUCCUUCUGGACACGUGCUACAGCAAGUACCGCUACGGAGCUGAGGACAGCUCUGACUUUGGGCCAGGGAACGCACCUGAGUGGAAAUACUCCUCAGCCUCCUCAUCCCUUUGGUACUGGGGGGCUGUGGCUGUGUACAGCAGUGGAGGAUACAAGUUCACUCUACCUAGGUCAAAGCAGGGGAGUCUCAAGAAGUUGGAGUUUCUCAGGCAGCACAGCUGGCUCACCAGGGGAACCAGGGUGGUGUUUAUUGACUUCUCAACAUACAAUGCAAAUGUAAACCUCUUCUGUAUAAUCAGGUUGGUGGUGGAGUUCCCUGCCAGUGGGGGUGCUCUCACCUCUUCACACUUCUACUCUGUGAAGCUCCUCAGAUACACCACCUAUUAUGAUUACUUCCUGGCUUCUUGUGAACUCUCCUGUUGCCUCUUGGUCUGUAUAUUCAUCAUCCAGGAAGCUGGAAAAAUGACAAACCUGAAAGGGAAAUACUUCAGAAGUGCCUGGAACUGGCUGGAUUUGCUGCUGCUGCUGGUCUCCAUCCUUGCCAUUGCCUUCAAUAUCUACCGCACUGGCCAAGUGUCCCUGCUGCUGGAGGAGCUGCUGUCUGAUCCCCAGGUGUACCCAGACUUCUACUUCCUUGCAUUCUGCCAAGUCCUCUACAACAACACAAUUGCUGUCACUCUCUUCUUGGCUUGGAUAAAGAUACUGAAAUACAUAAACUUCAACAAGACCAUGGCACAGCUGUCCUGCACCUUAUCUCGCUGUGCCAAAGGCAUCCUUGGAUUUUCCAUCAUCUUCUUCAUCAUCUUCUUUGCCUAUGCCCAGUUUGGCUACCUGGUCUUCGGGUCUCAAGCUGAGGAGUUUUCCACUUUCCAGAACUCCAUCUUCACACAGUUUCGUAUGGUGCUGGGAGAUUUGAAGUUUGAAACCAUAGAAGCAGCAGACAGAAUCCUUGGACCUUUUUACUUCAUCACAUUUGUGUUCUUUGUGUUCUUCAUAUUGCUGAGCAUGUUUCUGGCCAUCAUAAGUGACACCUACGCAGCAGUCAGAGCUGAGUUUGCAGUGAUGCCCCGUCAAGAAUUUCAGAUGAAAGAAUGUUUUAGACAGGCCCUUGUCAAGCUCAAGCUGAAGAAGCCAGAGAGAGCUGCAAGUGCAACAGAUGAGAACUGGGCAAGGUAG